UGGCGAGGAAAUCCGCGAUACACGUUUGGCCAGAGAAACGGAGAUCGCUCACAUGAGGGAACUCCUGUAUCCAGGAUCAAUUUCGUGCGCGGUUAGAAUUGAUGAUCUAGCAGGGUUGGAUACCAAACUCUGACAGUAUACUACAUAUAAAUUUCAUUCAGAUAAAUUGUUGUAAAAUGGGUAUUUUUCCCACAGUAGAGUUAUUGCCUGACAGCUUAUGAAGGCAAAGCCGGAAUCGAAAAUCAAGCACAUAAUUCUCAGGAAAAUAACGGUAUUCUCUCAGUAGAAAUCAGCCGGGCAUCAAAAACUUAACCACAAGAAACGUUUCUUUAUUUUACAAUCUGUACAUAGGCUAUUCACGUUACGCACUGUAUAUCACUAAUUAGUAUUGAAUAUCAAUCUCGGAUUGAGCUCUUUAAAAUUGAAACUAUGCAAUGAGAGUUCACCAAAUAUGUCGCUGUUGGCGAGUUGACCAAUAGUGUUGGCGAGCUGACAUGUCGGAGAAGUGACCUGGUACAGAAUACAUCUAUCAGCGUUGUGAUAGAGAGUUAGUUUUUUUUAAGGGAUUAGCCUGACACUAUAUGGUUGUAAACAAAGAGGACAAAAACACCAGCCUGUCUUGUUGCUAAGUUUUCUACGAGUUGUUGGUUUAUUCUAAACCAAUAAGAUAUGUCGCUUGUGAUUUUAUCUGCGUUAUGAUUGAUUCAGAUAUUGCACUCGUAACUGCUGCGCGCUGUGUAAUAACUAAGAUGGUGACCGGUCAAGUCGCCCAAAAGUCAUCUCGCCCGGAGUCGUGUCACCCGGAACCAGAGUCAUGUUGCCUGAAAUUCAUAGUCAUGUCGCCCGAAAUUUUAUCGAGUGUUUAAUCUUGAAGAAAAGUAACAAUGGCAAGGAAUAAACUCGUCAAAUGCUGACUCGUAAAAUGUUUUCGUCCGCUAACCUGUGCAAAUAUGAAGUUAAAUAAAGGCUCAAAUAUCGCUGUUCUUUUCAGCGUUAAUCGUUGAUAUGAACUAAACUGCUCAUUCAACAGUGCAGAUUGAAGAAAAGUAACAAUCGCCUAAAGUCAUGUCGCCCGGAACAAGAGUCAUGUUGCCCGAAAUUCAUAGUCAUGUCGCCCGAAAUCCUGAGUCAUGUCGCCCUAAAUUUUAUCCAGUGUUUAAUCUUGAAGAAGAGUAACAAUGGUAAGGAAUAAACUCAUAAAAUGUUUUCGUCCGCUAACCUAUGGGAAUAUGAAGUAAAACAAAGACUCAAAUAUCGCUGUUCAUUUCAGCGUUGUUCGUUGCUACGAACUAAACUGCUCAUUCUACGGUACAAAUUCUAUAAGCGGAACUUUCAGUUAUCAGAAUUUUCCACACAUAUCAGAAAAAUACAUCAUUUCUCUUAGUUUUAUUUAUCGUAUAAAAAACAACCUGGAACUUUUACAGCGGUUUUUUUGUUUAUUGCUAACCACACGAACAAAGCUUGUUAGCAUCAUUUCCCUUAGGAUCAGACGCGGCAUAAAUUAUCGCGACUUGUUCAGUUGUUCCUUGUUUCCUCGGCCGGUCGCAUGUAAAUUUUGUUCCGGCUAACUAUAUAUAAAGAGGUUAAAUUAAUAACAGCCACCUUAUUCCGAGAUAAUCAGCAAGCUGAAACACGAGAUCGUUACCCGUAGGCAAAAAAAAUUAUAUAGUGAGCCUUCAUCCUUGUAUCGAGUGCGGAAAUGAAGUUCGACCACGCCAGCAAGCCCUUCAGUGCGACAUUGCGGCUUUUGGCAGCAUCGUAUCUGCGGGACUGGUAUCAACCAAGCCACCUACCGUUUGGCAACAAUCAGAGGAAGAAUAGAUUGGUUGUGCGUUGCAUGUUCUCUUGCGGCAUCGAACCCAAGUGACCAGGUCCCCGCUGCUGAGAGCACAAGAACCGACUUCGCCCAAGGUACGGAAAUUUUAAGACCACUGUUUGUCCCUGAAAUAAUUUUAUUCUUAACCAAGAACUUAACCUUUCUAGCCCAAGUUUUAUCUUGAACGUUUUAUCCUUAAAUGAGUUUACGAUAAAAUGCGGUUUUAUUUUUGCUUUGCAGAUCUUUCUCCAGAGUAUCCGCCUUUCUACCUACUGAUUCAGCUGCUCCACCGAGAGUCCUCUGCGUGCACCGUCCAAGUUCGACUCGUCAACGCCAGAAAACUUUAGCUCGCGUUUAGGAAAAUAAUGAUAUAAUUAUUAUUAUUAUUAUUAUUAUUAUUAUUAUUAUUAUUCUAGUUUAAAAGGAAUAGUUUAUUUUAUCACGAUAAAAAAAAUCAGAUAUUUAAUGUUUUUUUUUUUUUUUUUUUUUUUUAUGACGAACUUACCUUAAGUUGGCAUUUGAAUUUGUUUUCAAGGGGUGGGUGUCACUUGGUCAACCCACACGUCCUCGCGUGUAAUUAGGUUUAAAUGCAAGCAAUAAAUAUGUUUGUAUUAAUGCGUGUCUGAAUUUACCGCAACAUCACAAUCUGCUUUGUUCUAAGUUAUACUACCAAUAGACCCCAAUUUUUAUUGGUUUACCAGCGUGAAAACCCACUUGGGAUGUUAAAAGAACGCAGGAGAAAUUUGUUAAUAAGGAGCCUGGGGCGAGUGAUUUACAAACUUUUGUCGUGUUCUCCCAACAACUCAAGUAGGUUACUAUGCCGGUACACCGAUAGAAAGUUCGGUCUGUUGCUCAAAUAAAAAUCUUGCACUCUUAUUGUUAAUUAGUGAAGGAUUAGCAAAGCCAAUCAGACUGCAGAACUUUUGACUAAACGCUUUUAGAUUUAUACUUGAAUCUUUCAAUUCGCUCAUUAUUCCUUAUGAUUGGUCUGGAAAGCGCUCCAAUCAGUCUUGAUUCCUUUGGCCUACGUGUAAGGUUGUCAUGUUCGGUUGAAAAGAACGUGUACGUAAAGAAAAGAGCUGCCAUUGAUCACCAACGAUAACAUAAACGUGGGAUUGAUGCCUACAUGAGUUAUGAAUAUAUAAAGUGACAUAUUUCUUUCGUUUUUGCCGAAGCUUAUUCAGAUGAUAAUGAUUUUCUAAUUACUCGGGAUCGGUGGUAUAAUUUCUUUUUGUGUUGCUUCAAACAGGGGAAAUAUGGUUGGAUUAAACUGGUUUUCAACGCUGCUUCGUUGUUUCUACAAACCAAGGAAAGGUAAAAUGUUUUGUUCGCGCCAUGUCUGAGCCACGAACAGGAACCAUUUGAAUAAGGAGAUGAUUUAAAUGACACCCAGUCGUUUGUUGUUAAAAUUUGUUUUUUAACUUCAUCUGAAUUUCAUUUUUAGAUUUCAAAUUUUCGACGCAAUUCAUUUCAACAACUUUGGUUAGCGCUUUAAUGAUCCUUCAGGUGAGUUGGAUAAUUUGUAUCGAUUUAACUAUUGUAUAUUUGCUUUCGCUUUUGGUAAUACUGUGAUGGCAGAAUGAUUGAUUGACUGACUGACUGUGCGACUUGCUUACGGAGUGAAUUACACUAUCUCCAUGGUCAUCGUCACCGUGGUCAUAGUUUACCACGCUCAUUACUGUUUUUGUGUUGGAUUUCUUUUCUCAUACAUAUCUACGUACAUAAAUGCAUUUUAUUUCUUACCGUCGAGACAGAUUAUAAGUUUCCAGCCCACAGGUAGCUCGAGUGCUAUUCUCUCCAAUUCUGGGAAAAGAGUGCCAGCGGUCGAGUUGAAAAUCAAGAGCUUUGUUUAUAAAAUUUUAGGGGCAGAAGAUCGGGUGUGAUAAGAACGGAUCUCAUAAAUAUCGUGGAAGAGUUUUUGAAUGCUACAAAGUGCAAAUCUAUGUCUGAAGUCAAACAUCAAAUUAGCUGUAGGUUCACAGCAGGAGAAUUUUAAUGGUAAAACAACAGCAUUAGUAUAUAGAGGAAUUACAUGCCGGUACUUUCUUCUAAAGUGUUACGCUCUACUCAGGUUUUCAUGGCAGUUCUUUCCCUAAUGGACGUGAUGAGAAGGGUAUAUAUUGAAAAAUACAAAACUCAUGGGGACACCAGCUCGGCUAAUUUUGUAGACGUCCUCUUUGGUAAGUUUUUGUGUCUGUAAUCAAGAAAAUAGCUUGUUCCAGGUGUUCAGUUAGAAAACCAUGUGUGGAAGUAAAAUUCCAAGCAUGAUGCUAUCGACGGAGCGAAUGACAGAACGUUUGGGUCGAGUCGAAAAAAACUGAACAAGGGAUUGGUAGUAGGGAACACGACCUGGCUCAAACCUCCUGGCUGAUUGCUACUCGACCCAAAUCUCCCUCGAGUUUUCUACCCAAAUCUCCUGUGGCGUUGCAGUUGUGCCUUCCGUUGUAGCUAUGUCCUCACACCUAAUAACCAACAGAGCGUGGUUUUAUUUUUUUCCAAUCAAAUUGCGUUGUGAUCGUGUUUUCUGCGAGUCACUUCCCAACUAGGGGAGAGAAGCGAUGCAAAAGUGUGACAAGAUCGUAAAGAUUUCCUUGCUCGAAGUUUGACAAUUUCAAAAGGUGUAAAUUCUUUAAAAUUGAUCCUUAAAGUGGAAUAAAUCCUAUGGACUUACCGUAGCCAUCUUUACACCGAUUUUCCAUUUGAUCAGUGGAUUCUAGAAUAACGGGGUAAAUUCUGGGAAAUUCAUCCUUUAAGAGGACUACAUCCUACUGACUUGCCUACAUCACGAUCUUUACCCCGAUUUUCGAUUUGAUCCUUGUGUGAAUUUGUCAUAAACGGGGUAAAUUAUGACAAAUCCACCCACAAGUGCGAUACACCCUUCAAUGAUUUAGAAACUGUACUAAAAAAGAUGUGUUUAGGUGAUGGGAUCGGGAAAACGAGCAUGGCUCAGGGGGAUAGUGUAUAUUCGUGAACGGCUACCAUACUGGCUUUCAUGUGAUGUACGUGCUCACAAGUUUCAGAGGAAUUUGGUUUUCAAAGAUCAUUGUCUUUUAGAUCUCUGAGCUUGAAGCGCGCUGCGGAAUAACUACAAAGCGCUCUCGAUCUGUGACAGUAUAAAAUAUGCAGCUAGCUGUAACAGCUGAAAUCAGCGGAACCGCAAUAAAAUCACAAUAUACUAAUUCAACUUUUUUUAAUAGAGGGCUCAGUGCGAUACAGCAAAAACCCACAGUAUUCCAAAUUAAUAACUGAAGGUCAAACUUCUGUGUUUGAAGGAAGACUUCGUGACGCAGACAAAUAAUCCCAACUUUGACCUCUCAGUCGAUCUCACCUCCGACAGAUCAGGGUGAAGCGUCAAAAAAGAUAUAAUUUUGCGUCGACGAAUCAUAAUCUAUGAUCUUCAACGGUUAAAGAAAAAUAAAUGAACUAUGAUAUGACACCACAUUGAGCUUUUGUCUUAGCUUGUGGGUAAAAUGUUGUCAUCACAGGAGUCGCAAGUCGAGCAAUGAAGACUGUAAAUAAAGCAAGACUGCAAAUUAAGCGUGAGCAAUAACGUAUCCCUUGGUCGAAAAUCGCUUUGUUAUUUACGGAUGUUGUUUGUGGAUGACAAGUUUUCCUGAAAUCAGCAGGAGGUUGUUCAUCCGUUGUUACUGGAAAACACUGGUCAAAUUUUCCGCUUAUCCCGACCCAUCCUGACCCCUUGAAUGUGUACUUUUGCUUAAAGAUAAAACUACAACGGAGUCUCUUAACCAGUCCCAAGCUGCGUGUUGCUCGAUAGAUCACAAAAUAUGAUUGGCCACUGUAUCACAUUACGUCAGAGGACAUAUCUACAAUAAGGGGGCAUAACUAUUACAAACGACAGAUGAGUAAAUAGACUUGGUUGGAUGGUAAAUUUUUAUGGUGAUUUUUUUUUUCUUUUUUUCAAUUUUCUUUGCAGGCGGGAUAGAAGCAGGACUUGUCUUGUCUGCGGUCAUUUCUCUUUUGAUGUUGCUUCACUUCAUGAAAUGCCAUCGGUGAGUUUUCACCUUAAUUUGGAAACGCUGAAGCUUUUCCUGAGUCAGUCAUCGUGUUCUCAAUUUUUUAUUGAGGAAGACUUUUCGCUUUUACAGCUUCCUCCACAUGUAGGUCGAUACAAAUUAAGUGUCAGGGGAAAGGUGAUGAAAUUUUUUAUAUAUAUAUUUUUUUUUUUUUCAAUUUAAUAUCCUUACACGCAUUUCUGCUUGAUGGUCCUUUUCGUUUUUCUUCGUUAUUGUUUUUUAUUAUUUUUUACUCUUUUUAUACUGUUCAAAAAAAAUAAAGUAUUCCGUGGCAAUUAUGCUCCCUUGCAAAAUAGAGUUGUUGUUGUAAACGAUUUCGAAUCCAAGGCGCUCACGUCCAACGUUUAAAUCUUUUUUUUCAGAGAACACGUGCUUCAGUUGUAUCAAGGGCAAGCAAUAUAUUCAAAGGACCUGCUCUUGACACCUGCAGCUUCAGUGGUACGUACUGUGGUUAA